GGGACUGCGCCACCACUACCCCACCCCUGUCUGUGGAUUCCGAGGUGGGGGUUGUAAUCUCAACCAUGGCUGAGGAUUCUAUGGAGCGGGAAGAUGAGGAGGAGGAGGAGGAGGAAGAGGAGGACGACCUUGCAGCGAGCACACAGCACUCCAUUAGCCUCAACAGCCAGGAGCUUUUUGUGAUCCAGACGGAAUUACCCUCCCAGCCCUCCCAAGCCACUAGCCCAGACAGUGAAGCCAUGGAAGCGACCUCUGCUGCACAUUUUUCAAGCCUCCCUACUCCAUCCCGAAGGCUCUCUCAGAUAAGGCGGAGGAAAAAGAAGACGCGAGAUGAAAUGUUCUCGGAAAUCAUGGAAGUAACCCGCAAUGAAAGAGCUCAUCUGAAUGAGUGGAAGGACAUGGUAGCGAAGUACAGAAAAGAUGCCAGUGAACGCUGGGUUAUCGCAUAA